ACUCUAUAAUAAUAAAUAAAAAAAUAAAAAAAUAAUACAAAAAUGAGAGUGGAUGAUUUGCGGAGGAAAAUAGUGGAGAAUUUAGUAUCGGCGCAGCAGAAGAAAACCACAAACACUUUGAGUUGGAGUUUCAAUUUGAAAUUGAAAUUCAAAGUGUGAAGUUGGUUUGCACUUUGCAGUGUACAUUCUAGAGUCGAGUGCAGAUCCGAAAGUGUACCCUAGUUAUAUAGUAUACACAACACAACACAACACCACACCGAUUACCAUUUACCAAAGCAAAACAACGAAACAAAUUAGAAGCUUCUCGAAAGAGAUAUACAUGGCAGAAGAUAUCGAGACGACGAAGAAGGACGAUGUCGACGUCGAGUCCCAAAUUCAAACUGCCAUGCUCUCUCGCGUUCCUCACUUCAAGCAACAAGCGGAUUCUUUGACAUUUGAAGGUGUCCGUAGAUUGCUCGAGAAAGAUUUAGGAUUUGAGGAGUAUUCUUUGGAUUCCCACAAAAGGUUUAUCAAGCAAUGUUUGGAAAAGUGCUUAGAAGAGGUUGGUGAUGAUGAUGCCUCAAAGAUGUCGGGGGAGGAAGAGGAAAAGGGUGAAAGUACACAAGAGGUGGAAGGGAAAAAGGAGGAACAUCAAUCUAAAGACGAAAAGGAUCUCACCGAAGAUGAGGAGAAAAUGGAAGAUUCUCCAGUACUAGGUCUGCUUAAAGAACAAAAGAGAGUUAAAAAUGAAACUAAGAAAGCAGAAGGCAAUGGAAAAAAAGUAGUUCCUAAUGAGGCCUUGAUUAAGAAAGCUAUUAUAAAAAGAUCUUCAUACCUCAAGGCUAAUGCAGACGAAGUCACUGUGGCCGGUCUUCGUCGACUAUUGGAGGAAGAUCUUAAACUUGAUAAAUUUAGUCUGGAUCCCUUUAAGAAGUUUAUAAGGCAACAGCUUGAUGAGGUACUAAUGUCUUCUGAAGUUCUGGAGCCUGCAAAAAGUGCUAAGAAAAUUGUUAAGAAGAAGCCUGAUUCAAAAGUCACUAAAAAGGUCAGUACUGAAGAGAAUUCUGAUACUUCAGAUAAGGUGAGUGAAGAGGAAGAGAGUCAGGAAGAUGAAGUCAAACCUAAAAAAAAAAGUGUUCCAAAAGGUAAGGCUUCUGUUGGACCCAAAAAGCGUAAAGGAGAAGAGAUCAAAUCACCCAGCAAGAAAAGGGCCAAGCCUGAUAAAGAAGCCUCAGAAGACAAUAGUGAUGCAGAAGAUGGUGGAAAAAACUCUGAAGAUGAUCAGUCCCAUUCAUCAGCAGAGAAUACUACGCAGAAGAAACAAGUUUCAACUCCUGUUGUGUACAGUAAACGCGUGGAGCACUUGAAAUCUGUUAUUAAAGCCUGUGGGAUGAGCGUUCCUCCUGUUAUUUAUAAAAAAGUCAAGCAGGUUCCUGAAAACAAACGGGAAGGACAAUUAAUUAAGGAAUUGGAGGAAAUCUUAUCUAGAGAAGGCUUGUCUUCAAAUCCAUCUGAAAAGGAAAUCAAAGAAGUGAAAAGGAAGAAGGAGAGAGCCAAGGAACUUGAGGGUAUUGAUAUGAGUAAUAUUGUGUCAAGUACACGUAGAAGGGCAACAACUAGUUUUGCAGCUCCUCCGCCACCAAAGCCAAAGCCCAAGACUCCUGUGAAAACUAGUGAUAAAGAUACUGAAGGUAGUGAUAAUGACAAGGAUGAUGAAGUGAAUGAUAAUGAAGAGGAUGAAGAGGAUGAAGAAGAUGAAGAAGAGGAGGAUAGUAGUGAUGAUGAUGGAAGUCAGAGUGAAGAAUUUAAUGAUGAUGAAGAGGACAGCGAUUGAACUCGGGCAGAUUCUGCAAUAAUUAAAAGGUGAAUUUUUCUACAAUUAAUUAGGAAGUGAUGGUGUAAAAUGUAAUGUAUCGUAAUAUGUUUCUCUUCCAUUUUUUUUCUUUCCCUUUACUUUUUACCUUUUUUCUCCAAAUUGUUACUUGUCAGAUGGCCAGUGCUUGUUGCUUGUUGAAGAAUAUUACCUAGUUUCCUGUUGGUCUAUGGAUAGGAACUUAAACACUGGAUCUAAAUUUAGAACCUUUUGUUGGUGAGAUUGCUCGAUUUUAAUUUAAAUCUUAAGUGGCAGUGUGACCAAUAGUGGUGGAAAACAAAGGCCUCUGUUGAAAUUUAAGUCACUUAUAACUUGUUGAUUUCAUUAGUAAUCUACAGCACGCUAAAACCUGAAACGAAAUUCAUUUGCUUAA